AUGCUUCGAGUCUGGAGCGAUAAUUCAAUCGCGCGGGGCGCAGCGACGCAAGACAUUGAAGCACCCAAUGAACUUCCAGCUUUGCUGAAACAUCAGGCGAGUUUGCGCACAGCCCUCCCCAGAAGAAACCAGCAGGAAACUAGCGCACGGAUAAAUGUCUUCAACCCCCGAAUAUCAGCCUUUUCUCAAAUACUCGGACGACCCGACGACGGAAGAGCCUACAUCACCAAGUCGGCCAUCAACCCGUCGGAACGCGCUUUUCUCUCACAUACUUCUGCGACGACCGCGUCCCAUGACGCUGCACUUUCCCAACCAUCAGCUUCGUAUAACUCUGGCCAGCGACACAACAUAACCACUGGCAGAACAAGAAUCUCUUGCGGCAACACGACAAAAGAGGCAAGGGCCAAAGGCUGUAAAUACGAUGUCCUGUUGAAUCACUGGGUCCCAGCUCAGUGCUUUGACAAGGACUCGGUCGACGAAUAUCAAGAAGAUGCUAGCUGGGGUGCGUUCGCGGAUAAGAAUAUGACGCAGCAGUUGACCAUCGAUGAGAUGUCAGAAAGAGACUUUUACUGGACGUCAAUUCGGGAUCAUAUCAACCACUGCGCUAUCAUGUGGCGGCGCCAAUUUUACGCCCUUUACGACGAGCGGGCUGCAAUUGACACCAUUUAUCUCAUGGAUGCCGUGGAUUCGAAAUGGAAGGAACCGACGAAGACAAUGAGAGGGUUCGCGGGUUGCUGGGCGAGGGUCACCGCGUGGGUGUAG